AUAUGUUUCAAAUGAAGACAUUCAAAUAAUUAGUUUAUUUUGGUGUUUAUAUUUUGAUACAAAUAAGAUGCCUCUAAAUAAUUAUAAUACUAAACGAAGAAUAAAAGUAAUUUCUAGUUUAUGGAAUAUUUUACGAGAAAUAUAUGAAUCAUUUAAGAAGCAACGAUCAAUAACAACAACAGAUGUUCAAGUUCCUCCUGUGAAUCAUGACUUUUAUACAACUGAUGUAUUAUCGAAAUCUGAAAUAAUACAUCAUACCCUCAUAACAUUGAUAAUUGAUCGAUGUCCUACCAUUAAACAUUUAAAAUCAUCAUCAAAUCUUAUCGGUUCGAGUCACAAUAACGAUUACACAGAAAUAAUUUUAAAAUAUCCACGAUUUCAUGAAUGUUUUACACAUUUGAAUAGUUUCGAAAGUCGAAGUAAUUCUUAUCGAGGAACUUCAUUUGAUAUACUUUCAGAAAUAU